AAAACGAGGAAUGCCAAAGACCCCGUGAUAGUUGUAGCUAAAGCCUGAAAGUUGAAACACACAUGCCUGUAUGCCACAGGGGAGGAUGCGUUGAAAUGAGCAAUGAGCCUCCUCUGCCGAGCACUUUCCUCCGGACAACCUCUCAAACUUCUUGGGUUAAGAUAUCGAUCUUUCGGAACUUUGAAUUUUUCCGGAGAGUCCCUCGACUGUUCCAUAUCACCUUCCCUCAUCCAUGGAAUUCAUGUAUUCCACUGCCCAGAUGAAGUGGGAAUUGUUGCAAAGCUUUCGGAUUGCAUAGCCUCGAAAGGAGGGAACAUUCUUAAUGCUGAUGUCUUCGUGCCUGAAGAUAAGCAUGUUUUUUACUCAAGAAGUGAAUUUGUGUUUAAUCCUGCUAAAUGGCCACGUGUAAAAAUGGAUGAGGACUUCCUAAAGCUUUCAAGAACGUUCAAUGCAACAACAUCUAUUGUUCGAGUGCCUUCUUUGGAUCCAAAUUAUAAGAUUGCAGUUCUUGCAUCAAAGCAGGACCACUGUCUUGUAGAUUUAUUGCAUGGGUGGCAGGAUGGAAGACUUCCUGUUCAGAUAACUUCUGUAAUUAGUAAUCAUGACAGAAGUCCAAACACCCAUGUGAUUCGAUUUCUUGAAAGGCAUGGAAUUCCAUAUCAUUAUUUGGAGACUACUAAGGAGAAUAAAAGAGAAAGAGAAAUUUUGGAAUUAGUUCAAGACACAGACUUUCUAGUCCUUGCAAGAUAUAUGCAGAUACUAUCAGGAGACUUUUUGAGAGAAUACGGGAAAGACAUUAUAAACAUUCACCAUGGUCUCCUUCCUUCAUUCAAGGGGGGUAGGCCAUCUAGGCAGGCCUUUGAAGCUGGCGUAAAACUAAUUGGGGCAACAACUCACUUUGUCUCCGAGGGACUUGAUGAUGGACCCAUCAUUGAACAGAUGGUUGAUAGAGUAUCCCACAGAGACAACUUGCGGAGUUUCGUACAGAAGUCUGAGGAACUUGAGAAACGGUGCCUUGCUAAAGCAAUAAAGUCAUACUGUGAAUUGCGUGUUUUACCUUAUGAAAGAAACAAGACUGUUGUAUUUUGAAACAGCUGCUAAGAAGGUGGGGGAAGCAGAGUUUCAUGCCAAUAGAAAAGAUGUAAUUGCAUUUAAUUUGCGCACAGUUGAUUCUUACCAAUACGUAGUAGGAUGUCCAAUUAUGUCCAGUAAAGAUCUGUUAAACUCCCCUCCAAAGAUAAUAUUUGGUGUUGGGACUGUUGGCUAUUGUUGCUCUUGUUUGUUUAGUGUAUUGCCCCAAUAUGGGAAUAGCUGAAUGCCAGCACUUAUGCGCUCUUUUGAACUCUCAGGUCCUAAUGGAUGAUACUUUAGAGUGUUCCACACAUAUUGAUGAAUUCCUAAAAUAUUCAGAAUAUCUGACCCACUUAUUAUAAUUGGGAGUUUGAACUUUG